UCCUCCCUCGCCGUCCCUCAAGUUCGAGCGCAAGCAUCAUCACAGGAACGCUGCUCGCGCGCCGCCCCACCCUAAGCGGAGGGGCGCCAUGUCGGCAGCUGGCUUCGGCGUGCAGGUGCUGCACCGGGCCGACGCGCGCGCGUCUCCCGAGGACCUCGACCUCCCGAAGGGCCGUUACGGCUUCGGCGUGUCCUGGGACACCGUGCGCGGCCGGUCCGUGGACAUCGACCUGCAGUGCGUGGUGGUGGACCGGGGGGGCGCCAUCGUGGAUUGCGCCUAUUACAACAACCUGAAGGCGGCCGGAGCUAUCACCCACUCGGGCGACGAGGCACAGGGCAAGCCGGACAACAUCGAGGAGAUGGUUUGGGUGAACAUGCGGAAGGUGCAGCAGAACGUGAGCUUGCUUGUCUUCGUGGUGGCCGCCUACUCUGGCGGCAACCUGCAGGACGUCUCCAACGGCAGGCUGCACGUGCUGGAGGAGAAGCAGACCAACGAGAUCGCGCUCUUCGAGAUGGAGCGGAGCAAGGCUUCUGUGGACGUGGUGGCGGCCAUGUUCCGGACCGGGCCUGGGGGCCAGGAUUGGAAGUUGAGGAUCAUAGACGUGCCCGCGCAGGCUGCCCUUGGGCAGGAACAUUCGGGUGGUGCUAGAAGUGGUCGCGUCUCAAUGUGUCCCCAGCUUUUCGCGCCGUCUUCCCGCCUCCGGGGCCCUGGGCCUCUUGAGGGGUGCCCUGGAAGGCAUCUGCGCCUUCCCGGGAAAGUUGGGGCCACCUUUGGUCAGGACCACCCCUGGAAACACCCGAAACGUGAUUCAUCCUCGCCCUCCUCCCGGGACGGCGGCUGGGCCUCUCAGUGCCACGUUUUGUUCCUGCGAUGUUCGACCGCCGCUCGAGUUUAUAUCUCUCGAGUCCGCAAGUGGGCCACAGCGGCAUGCAGCUUGCCACGAGUGCUGCACGCUCGCGGCAGUGGUUUCCACGAUGGAGUCUUGUCACGGAUGCCGAGCUCCGAGUGUGGAGUUUCGGCAUCGUCUAGCCUAUUCCCAUUCCUAUUGGGCCAUGGUGUCUCAGCCCUACCCGCCCAUCCUCCUAGGCGAGGAUACGCCCAGCGAAACCAGAAGAAACAGG